UCAUCAUUAAUUUUCCUUUUCAUUUCAGGAAAACUCCAAUUCCAAAUGGCGCCGCAGUGGUCGACUUUUCACUGAGCUGCCACGUAUAACGCAGACGGCACAGCAGCAUGGGUGUCGAGCAUCUCCAAAACAGCACUUCUGGAAACACGUCACAUGUCCAGUCUUCACCCCACAGUCUCUGGGAGGUCAUAGCCAUAGCCACGGUGUCGGCCAUUGUCAGCUUGAUAACUAUUGUCGGUAAUGUCUUGGUGAUGUUGUCCUUCAAAGUAAACAGCCAGCUGAAGACGGUAAAUAACUACUACCUGCUGAGUUUGGCCUUUGCGGACCUCAUCAUCGGAGUUCUCUCAAUGAACCUAUACACCACUUACAUAUUAAUGGGAUACUGGUCUUUGGGAAACAUUGCAUGUGAUCUCUGGCUAGCACUGGAUUACGUAGCUAGCAAUGCUUCAGUUAUGAACUUACUUGCCAUCAGCUUUGACAGAUAUUUUUCCAUUACAAGGCCGCUGACCUACAGGGCUAAGAGGACUCCAAAGAGAGCCGCGAUCAUGAUCGGUCUGGCAUGGCUGGUGUCAUUUGUCCUUUGGGCACCACCCAUUCUUUGCUGGCAGUACUUUGUAGGAGAGAGGAAUGUUCCACCUGAGCACUGCCAGAUCCAGUUUUUAACCGAGCCCGUGAUCACAUUUGGUACAGCCAUUGCCGCUUUCUACAUUCCAGUCUCUGUUAUGACCAUCCUGUACUGUCGGAUCUACAAGGAGACGCAGAGACGCACAAAAGAUCUGGCUGAGCUCCAAGGACUCACAACUGAUGGGGUUUCAGAAAGAACUGAACCACAGAAGACGAUCAUUCAUUCUUGCUUUCAUUUCACUAGAGAGGGGAAGGACAGGAGUCAGGCUUCCUGGUCCUCAUCUACUCAAAGUAACGCCACCAAGACAACCUCCAGGUCAGACAAGGCAUGGGCUAAAGCAGACCAGAUCACGUCCUUCAACAGCUACACCUCAUCAGACGAGGAUGAACAUCACGUCUCUACGGAAACCCCACAGGGAUCUAUCAAAGACCGAGGUAGUGGACAAAGUAACAAGAACGGGCAGGUGGCUGAUUAUGCAGAAGAUCAAUAUUUUUCAAGCCCUCUGAAGAAAAAGAGUAAGAAGUGCAUUGCUUAUAAGUUCAAACCGGGGUCAAAGGGUAAGAAUGGCAAUCUGACACCAGCAUCUCCGUGCCUGACUGAAGUGGUGCAAAGUGUCAAAAACGCCUCCCCUUCCUCCUCCACAACCUCCAAACCAAUGGACACGGCCUUGAAGAACCAGAUUACCAAGAAGAAGAGGAUGGUGCUGGUGAAGGAGAAGAAAGCAGCCCAGACCCUCAGCGCCAUCCUGCUGGCUUUCAUCCUGACGUGGACGCCAUACAACAUUAUGGUCCUCAUUUCCACUUUUUGUGGCGAGUGCAUCCCCUUGUCCCUCUGGCACCUUGGUUACUGGCUUUGCUACGUCAACAGCACAAUCAACCCCAUGUGCUACGCCCUCUGCAACAAAACAUUCCAGAAAACCUUCCGUAUGCUUUUACUCUGUCAGUGGAGGAAAAGGAGGAGAGGUGAGGACAAGUUGUACUGGGGUGGACAAAACCAAAACAUCAACAUUAAAAUGACUUGAUGGGAUACAUGGCUUUUGCUAAUGGACUUCUUGAAUCGUUGUACAGCCAUUAGUCAUCUUAAGCAUAAAGUGCUGGUAUGUUUUUUGUGUUAAAGUGUACGUUGGUGCAAAAUGAAGUGAACCUGACGCAGCACAAUGUUCCAGAUGACAAACCCUUACUCUACUGUCAGAUUAGCUACAAAUGAGGGUGACAAACAGCAGGCUUUUGUUGCUUGAUGGGCGUUCUUGGGUGUAACCAGCUCAUGGUUACUUGUCGUUACUGUGCACAAUGUUUAAUCGUGGAUUAUAAAGGACCUAUGAGCUUUUCAUGUUUGUAGUCCAAGAGUUUGAGCAUAAGCAAAUGGAAAU